AAACAAAAAGCAGUUACCAAAGUAAAGAUGAGCCAAGCAAACUAGUGAAGACUGAACUUCCAUUUCUUUACUUCAAUGGCUUCUCUUCUUUCCUUAUCUAUUCCAAAGCCAAACAUUAUCAAAGCCACUUCUUCUUCAACGGACACAAUUCUAUCCACUCCAGAGAUUCUUGAAGAAAAAUUCGGCAGAAAAGGUAUCAAAUUCUUGGAAUCUAACAAUAAAAUCCCAACCGUUGAACUUACGGUUAGAAAUGGCAGUUCGUUGAAGCUUCAAAUACCUGAUGCUCAUGUCACUUCUUACAAGCCGAAAGUUUAUUGGAAAGAUGAUGGAUUUCAUGAACUUCUUCAUACAAUUCCGGCAAAAGACUCCGCUAGUAAAGAUAAAGGCGGUAUUGGUUUGGUGAUAAACGAUGGUUCUGAUUCAGGUUCUAAAGGCUCUUUAAUAAGCUCUGAAUGGACUGUUAAGUAUGUCGAUUCUGACGCCAUUGAUGCUCUUCAGGUGGAGUUAGAAUGUACAAGCGGAACUCUUGAGUUAUCAUACAUUGUGUCGCUCUACCCCGAAAGCAUAGCGACAGCGGUUAUUGUGAAGAACAAUGGCCGUAAGGAUGUGACUCUAAGGAGUGCAAUACUGAGUCAUAUCAAAUUCAAAAGAAGAGAACAAGCAGCAAUCCAAGGAUUCAAAGGCUGUUCUUACUUGCCACAGCCUCCUUUGUCUUCGCCUUUCGAAAUCUUAUCGCCUGCUGAAGCAAUGAAAUCUGAGUCUCCUUCCGGGUUUCUUGAUUUUACCCCUGAGAUUGAAGAUAAAUUAGGUGUCUGGGGUGUUCAAGAUGUGCCUUUCACAAUGUUGAAGUAUAGGUUUAGUAGAGUUUAUGCUGCUCCACCACAGGAGAGAUCAAAAGGAUUUUAUAACACUCCUCCUUCCAAAUAUGAAGCACUUGACCAGGGAAAUGAGCUCUUCUUUAGGGUGGUUCGGAUGGGAUUUGAGGACACAUACGUAGGUAGCCCGGGUUCUUUAUCAGACAAGUAUGGUGGAAAGGAAUACUUCAUCUGCACUGGCCCUGCUGCCAUGCUUGUUCCUGUUGUUGUCAAACCAGGCCAGAGUUGGAAAGGAGCACAGGUCAUUGAACAUGAUAAUUUGUAAUUAACAUCUUAUCUUUUUAAGUUCCAUUAGUACCCAAAUUGGUCUUUUCUUCUCAAAAUCAAAUAUUGUAAUCAAUCAGAGAGUUACCUUAACAAUGUCAUUAUAGUUCAUUUGUUCAA